AUGGCUGUUAGCAACCCCUCGUCAGGGGCCUCGCCCCCCUCGCAGCUGAGUACCCUGGAGGACCUGAGACUCCUCCUGGAGGAAGGGCUGGACAGCCCUGAGCCCCUGAGUCUAGAGGAGAUCUCAGAGAGGUAUGAGACCAGCCGCCUGGCGUCCACUGUCCCUGUCCCAGAGCAGGACACCCCCAAGCGCUGGAAGCAGCUGGAGCAAUGGGUGGCUGGCCUGCAGGCUGAGGUGGUGUCCCUACGGGGACACAAGGACAACUGUGAGCGUGCCACCCUGAGCCUGCUGCAGGAGCUGCGCCAGGUGCGGGCCCGUGUGCAGCUACAGGACUCAGAACUGAAGAAACUACAGCAGGAGCUGCAACAGGUGGCUUGGGCCCCCGAGAAGGAGGCCUCGGAGUUCCCCAGACCCCAGGACCAGAUGCAGGCCCUGGACAAGAGGCUGGUGGAUGUCCGGGAGACUCUGACCCAGAUCAGGAGGAAGCAGGCUCUCCAGGACUCCGAGCGGAAGGGCGCUGAGCAGGAAGCCAACCUCAGGUUGGACAAGCUGGCUGAGAAGCUGGAGCAGGAGGAACAGGACAGGAAGGUGGCCAUUUGCACCCUGCAGAGGAGCGAGGAGGAGUCCAGUCAGAGGAUGGACCAUGAGGUGGCUAGGAUGCAGGCCCAGGUGACCAAGCUGGGCGAGGAGAUGAGCCUCCGCUUCCUCAAGAGGGAGGCCAAGCUGUGUGGCUUCCUGCAGAAAAGCUUCCUGGCCCUUGAGAAGAGAAUGAAGGCCUCAGAAAGCAUGCGGCUAAAGGCGGAGAGCAGCCUGAGGGAGGAGCUGGAGAGCAGGUGGCAGAAGCUCCAGGAAUUGGCUGAGGAGCGUGUGUGGGCCCUGCGGGGGCAGUGCAAGCAAGAAGAGUCGCACCUCCUGGAGCAGUGCUGGGACCUGGACAGGGCUGUGGUCCAGCUGACCAAGUUUGUGCACCAGAACCAGAUGUCACUGAACCAUGUCCUGCUGGCUGAGCAGAAGGCCCGGGACACCAAGGGACACUUGGAGGAGAGCCAGGCUGGGGAGCUGGCUGCCUAUCUGCAGGAGAACCUGGAGGCCGUGCAGCUGGCCAGCAAGCUGGCCCGGCAGGAGAUGCGCACCUCAGUGGAGCUGCUCCAAGAGAAGAGCCAGGCCCUGGAGGUGUCUGUGGAUGCGCUGGUCAGACAGGUGAAGGACCUGAGCGACCACUUCCUGGCCCUGAGCUGGAGGCUAGACUUACAGGAACAGAUGCUGACCCAGAGGCUGCGUGAGGCAAAGAGUGAGUGGGAAGGUGCAGAGCGGAGAUCACUGGAGGGCCUGGCCCAGUGUCGAAAGGAGGCCCAGGCGCACCUGAGGGAGGUGCAGGAGACAAUGGACAGCCUGCCCCGGCAGAUAGAAGCCAUCUCUGACAGAUGCGUCCUGCAUAAGAGCGACUCAGACCUUAAGAUUUCCACUGAGGGCAAAGCCAGAGAGCUCGAGGUUGGGGCCAUGCGGCAGGAGCUGGCUGCUCUGCUGUCGUCCGUGCAGCUGCUCAGGGAAGGCAACCCCGGGAGGAAGAUCGCGGAGGUCCAGGGCACGCUGGCCACGUUUCAGAAACAAAUAAUGAAACUGGAAAACAACAUCCAGGACAACAAGACCAUCCAGAACCUCAAGUUUAAUUCAGAGACCAAGCUGCGCAUGGAGGAGAUGGCUACCCUGAGGGAGAGCCUGAUACGCCUGUGGAGUGAGGAGGGCCCGUGGGCCCUGACGCUGGGCAGCAGGAAGGUCCUCAUGUCCCUGGUGAGACAGCAGUUCUUCGUCAAGGAUGUGGCCCCCGGUGAGGUGGUCCCUGUGAACCGCUGGGGUGUGUAUCAGGCUGUGAGGUGGCUGCAGUGGAAGGCAGUCCUCAUGAACCGGGUGGCCCGGUGGAGGCCGAGAGCGGUCUUGGAGAGUUCCCUCGGCCAGGAGCCUGCCCACCAGCUCAUGUUCUUGCCCUUUUCCCAGAAAUAAACUUGCCAGCUCCUGU